AAGGAAGUAAAGAUGAGGGAAUUAGGAGAACUCAACACAAGUGAAAGUAACAGUUAUUUUUUUUAAUUUUAGAUGUUACUUCAGUGAUUAUCAUUUUCUUUGAUAUUUUGAUAUGUAAGUUAGUGCCUUUUUAAUGUAUUAGCUGUCGUGUCUGAGCAUGGGAGUUUGGUUCAAAGUCAGUCAACAGAGCAGGUUUUCUUCCAGACAUUAGGUUAAUAACUGUAUUGAAGACCAAAUCUUUCAAACUCCCGAAACAGUUUAUGACUUCCAAGCUCUUGUGUUUCAAUGGGAGUCCAGGGCUUGACCACCUUUGUUGAAGGGAAUAGGCAUUUUUUACAAGAUGUAAAGUUCAGGGACAGUCGGCUGUUGAUAGAUGGAUGUAGUUUGUUUUUCUACCUUUACUUUAACCACGGUUUGGACCAACAGCACGGAGGGGACUAUGAUGCCUUUCACUGCCUACUUGGACAGUUCCUUUCUGCCUUGGCAGCAUGUAAUAUACACCCAUUUGUUGUUCUGGAUGGAGGGAUGGACCCCAGUGACAAGAAGUUAAACACUCUUCGUCAACGUCUGGAGUCCAAGAUAAAGAUGGCAGACAACAUAUCUCGAAGUCGCCAUGGCUCUGUCUUGCCACUCCUCACCAAAGAAGUCUUCAUUCAAGUUCUCAUUCAAAGUGGAGUUCCCCUGGUUCAGUGCCCUUCUGAGGCUGAUAAGGAGAUUGCAUGUUUAGCACGGCAAUGGAACUGUCCUGUCCUCAGCAGGGACAGUGACUUUUAUAUAUUUGACCUCCCAGGUGGUUACAUUCCAUUGAAUUACUUUCAUUGGACCAACCUCAAUGGAAAAGCAAGUCAGCGCUACAUUUCAGCUCGAUUGUACACCACGAGUGCCCUGUGCCGCUGGUUUGGAGGCCUAAACAAGGAUUUGCUUCCUUUGGGUGCGGUCUUAGCUGGUAAUGAUUAUGACACUCCAAAAGAAGCUGAGCUACUAUCUUUAAUAGAUGCAAAUAUUGCUGCUAGAUGUGGUAAGGGAGGAAAAGGUAGGGCACCAGUAUCCCGCAUUGAAGGGCUGCUGGCCUGGCUGUCAUCCUUCUCUGGCCCAACCAAAGCACUGGCAGAAAUUAGUCGGCUUGUUGAAGAGGAUGCCAGAUCUAGUGCCCAAGUUAGGGACAAAAAGGGAGUUGUGCGCUCAAAAUUAUGGGCAUGUAUGCAAGAAUAUAACAUCACCACUCAUAGUCCUUUAGCUCUCUGGUUUUCUGGAAGAAAGGAAGUGCCUGGAGGCUGGACAAGUGUUGGAUUACCAGAGUGCCUUGCCAAAAGUGCAGCACAGGGACUACUGGCUGCUUCUGCUGUAGAUGCUUUGGUAAUGCAGAGGGUCCUGCUCAUGCCUCAAGUAGAAAAUGCCAAACUGGCCAGUAGCCACUUUAGUGCUAUAUGUAUACGCCAGUCUAUGUAUGGGAUUUUAUUACACAGAUUUCAGACAAGGUUGACUGAAGGAAAAAGUAAUAGAGUGGGAAAGGGUCAGAGUGCAGUUAGAGGCUAUGUGGAUGGCUGUGUGAGUGUGGACCAAACGUUGCCUGUUCGGCAAAAGGCAGCUGGUGUUGAAGUUCAGGGGUCACCAGUAUUUGUGGAGGAAUAUGACCGCAUGGCUUUGAACUUGAAGAAAAACCAGGUGGAGGCACGUCAGCUCAAAAAGCCCAUCUCGCUUGAUACUAUUGACCAGGCUUCACUUGCAGAUCGACUUGCUGUUCUUUUGGAGACCCUAGGAGUGACUGAAUCAUCUCUAAGUCUUGUUCCCCUACAUCUGAGGCUGGCUGUAGCAGUAACAAUUUUUUGGCAGCGAGAAUCAAAACCAACUCCCACACAGCCUCAACUCCAUGCUUUGCUAAUGGGGUUUGUCUAUGGAGAGCUGAACUUGCAGCAGUGUGCUGGUUCCAAACAAACUCAUGAGCGUGGUUUGAGUGUGGCAGUGGCUCAACAGCGCUUAAGACCAGGGGAGAGAAGAGGCUUAGAUCUAGGAGACGCUCACAGUUACAGUCAAUGGCAAGCCUGCCUUUGGGCUGCCCUGUGCCUCAAUCAAGUACUGCUGCAACCGGUGCCUGACCCCUACUUACCAUGGUUGUUCAGCGGUACUUUGGUACAUGGUCUUGCUAAAUAUUUCAAAGAAGGCCAUGCUCCUGAAUCUUUGCUGCAUAAAUACACCUCAUGUGAGCAACUUUACUCGUCUCUACUGGACACUGUGAACAGAAGUGUUUUAAAAAGUCACCCAGUUUCUUCAGCAUCAGGAAGAAGGAAGAGAAGUGGGCGUGGAAGAAAACGAGGAAGUGCACGUGGCAGAGGGGCUGGACGAGGGAACAUAGCAACUGAAGAGGUAAACAACCGUUUUGCAAUGCUCAUGAGCGAAGAGGAUGACGAUGACCUAUAAAGUAGAGAAUGUAACAGAAUCUUCUUAUUGCACUUAAAAAAGGACCAAAAAUGCUCUUUGUUAAAUGUACACAAUUUAUUCUAGGAGUUUACAACAAGAAUUAUUGCACUAAACUCCAUGCCUGGUGCUGUAUCUGCUUUUAAAGGAUGUAAUGCCAACAUGCGUUUUCUUAAUAUUUUAAUAGUUUGAGUAGUUCUGUAAAAAAUACUAACAUUUACUAGUAAUUAUUUUUGGCAGUCUGUCAUAUCACAUAUUCAGAGCUGCAAUUUUUAAUUGAAUAGUAAAAUAAAUACAAUAAAACACUUAACUUACAAUCCAAUGAAAAAUAUAAAAAUUUUAAUUGGCUCCUUUUGCCUCAGUGAAUGGAAUGUUUCCUGCUUUGCUAUGAAUUCUUUUUAGCUAAUUUUAUUGAACAUUAGAGUUUUUUCUAAAAUAUUCACAAAACCUUAAAUAUUUUUAAUUUAGCACAACUAAAAUUAGUUCAAUUCAAAUGGCUUCCCUCGGUUUCUAGAGGUCUAUGAGGAUGUUGAUGCUAUUGAAGAUGAUGCUGCAGAGGUGCUGUGUGUUUGAGGGUCUAUUAUGUCCAUAUCCUCAUCCUCAUUCACUCCACAUGUGUCCACCACACAGAUUAAACAGCUUGUGACAGGGAAUGCUCGCACCUUGCUGCAAGUUACCCACCUGA